AUGCAGGUCGUAAUCCCUGACUUGGACGACAAACAGCUCUUCGUCCCGCCGUCGCGACACAACCAGUCGUCUGCUACACCGGCUUCUGCUUCGCCCGCACAUCAUACUGCAAGCGCUUCUCUAGACGAUGGCCCUCCCGUAUCGAGUCGAAACCUGCAGAGCAUCACCACCGCAGCUCCCGGACCCUCCAAUUGGGCUGAUCAGCACUAUGUCUAUCCUUCAUCGGCCUCAUCGGCAACUCCAAAUGCCCCCGGUCCGUUUCGCGGCGCCGCCCUAGGAUGGCAUGGCAGGUCCGGUAGUGCAACCAGCGACUCGUCCGCCGGCGGCUUCGGCGGCCUCGGCUUCCGCAUGCCCGCCUCAUCCAACCUUGCUCAUUCUCACUCCGAGAUGGAGCCAUCUUCCAGCUCCUCAUCCACCUUCUACGCCCCGUAUGCCUCUUCGGCCACCCACGAUCCCGCCUCUCCCGGCUUCAGCUUCCCAAGCAAGAAACCUUCGUUCGCCUCCCUUCGAUCCCAACUACGCUCGCAGCAGUCCCAUUCCGAGCCCAUGCCCAACAAUCAUUGGCCCACCACGCCGCGCGAGCCACCAAGGCUCGACAUUCCCGCUCCAUCUUCCGACGCUGGCGACUUGACAGCAGGUUAUCGCUCGGGUCUCUCCACUCCGCGCCCGCCACCGCCCGCACCGCAUUUUCCCUUCCAGCCGCAGCGUACCGCAUCGCCAGGUCUGCACUCGCCUCCCGAAAGAUCGUUGCCUUUUGCUCCGUCUCGAGACCGCAGCGACAGCUAUAACUCGUCUCCCUCCAGGCAUCCAGGUCAUACCGCCACCCAGUCCAGAUCCUCGUCCCGCUACCAUCACGCACCCACCUCGUCCUACCAUUCCGACUCCCACUACUCGGUCGGUGGCAUGAGCAGCUCCGCCAGCAGCGCCGCCUACCCCUAUGCCGGCUCCGUCACUGAUCUCCCUCCCGUCCCUCCGUUGCCCACCUCCGGCGACAGCAUCUACGCAGACAUGCCGGUCACCCCGGGCGGUCACACCAACAACGCCGCCUUCCAUCUUCCUCGCGCCAUGGCCAGCACCGCCUCCUUUGACCACUCCGACCACGGCAGCAGCCCACUCAAGCCGCCAACGCGCCAGCUUCGCGACGACGACUACGAAGACGCUUCCAGUGGAGACCAUGCCCAAUGGGGCCCCAACCAGCGCCCACGUCGCAAGCCCGCCAACAUCGUCACGGCACCUCCCCGCCCCAACGCGCUAGCCAUCAGCUUGGGAGCCGAGGGCCUCGGCCAGCUUCCCGCCGGUAUCGGCACCCCGGACCCGCAGGCUCCUGUCGAAUACGCCCUCAACAUUCUCAUGAGCCGCUUCAUCACACUCGCAAAUGCAAAGGUGAAGCGCGCCCUCGACUCGGCUCAAGACGCCGAUCCAAAGAUGCUCAGCGCUCUCAGUGCCGAAGAGGAUGCGCUCUUCGACUCGGUCUGCGACUCGCUCGCCCACAUUUCCCGCAAAGGCGCCUCUUCGGUCAUCCGCAGUCUCUUUCGUUGGAAGUCCAUCACCGUCGAAUCCGACAUCGACGCCGACCUCGUCCGCAGACAUCUCGCCGCCGCACCACCACCAGGCACCUCGAGCAUCGGAACUCGCGAAGUCGCCACCUACCUUGCCAGACGCAAGGAGCUCUUCGCCAUCUUCCUCGCCUCCAACGCGCUCUUCGUCAUUGCAAAGACUCUCGCCCGCGAUUCGCUCAACGAGGCACACGCCGCAGACACUGAGGAGCAGACCUUCACCAUGCUCCUCACCUGCACGCGCGAAAAGGACAAGGAUCGCACCCUACCGCGGCCGAUCACCCACAUCCGCGACGCCUGCUUCGAAAGCGUUUCCAAGCUCAUCGGUGAAAUGUCCCGCACCCGCUUCGUCACCAUCAGCGACCGCUUUGUCGAGAUCCUCGAGCAAUCCACCAAGGCUCCCUCCAGCAAGAAUGUCGAAGAUCUUCUCGUUGCCGCCAUCCAGAGCCUGCGCCAUCUCAAAAUCACCAUCUACCCCAUGGAGCUCUUCGAGGAAGGCGCAGACUUUGUCGACGUCUUGGCCCGCCACUUUGCUCACUGUCACGGUUUCCGCAUCAAGGCGAGCUUCGCAGAGGCCUUUGCUUACCUCAUGCUUCCCGUCGCUCAGACUGCCUCCGCCGAGGUCAAUCAUCCGACUUGGACGAAAGCCGUCGACACCAUCUGGCCCAGGAUGACCGCAAUGGCCACAAAGCCCCGCUACUGGACCGUCGCCUAUCCGCUCCACGUCACGCUCCUCGCCGUCUCGCCAGAGGAGAAGCUGGCUGCCAACUGGUUCGCCUGCGUCGAGGCAGGUGUCGUCAAGCUCAAGGACCGCGUCAACCGCCCCAUCGUGCUCAACGCCGCCGUCCGCUUGGUCUGGGCCUACGCAUUCCGCUGUCACGAGAGCCACACCAACACCCACAAGAAGCUCGAGGCCUUCUUCCGCAUCUGGUUCCCCGCCAAUCGCCGCUCCGUGCAUCCGUCGGACUCUUCACCCGAUCCGUUCAUCAUGAUGCUCCACUACGCGCUCUACCGCCACUUUGACUUUGGUCGUGAGCUCAUGCUCAACUUCCUCUGCCACUCGACUCUCGGAGGCAGCACCCUCUCGCUUCAGUCCGACGUGCUUUCGGGCCAGCGCAUGACCAUCGCCAUUCGGGCAAUCCUCCUCACCCUCGAUGCGCAUGUUCGAGCGGAGUCCCCGCCUUUCCCGUGCAGCGCCGACUUUCAUCACUUUGACUUUGACACGCUCCCCGAAGGCUCGGGCGAUGAGCUACCGGAAGGCUUCAAGUUUCCCAAACCCGAGAUCGGCGAGGCUCAGAACCAAUUCAACGACCUCAUCGGCAAGAUCGCGCUUCUCUGCGAUCAUCAGAUCAGUGACAUGACCGUCUUUGAUGCACGCACCCAUCUCUUUGCUCGCACGUCGCAUAGCGCAGGUGCAUCAGCCGCCGAGCGCGCCCUUCUCGAGCGCGACGGCUACACCUGCCGCUACCACCGCGCUGCCAUGCUCAUGGCCGCCUACCCGCGAGAGAAUCAGCCUUUCGCCGACCUUCUCCGCGCAUGCUUCGAGUCGUGGCCACGAUGCCUCAGUCCAAACAUCUCCCUCUCGAGUGUCCUGGGCGUCCUCUUCCGAGCCCAUUUCAGCGCCGAUCCCGACCUCAGCAGAGCCUCGGCACGCGCUUUGCGACGCAUCGCCAGCCAGCGGCCGGGCGGCUCCUCGACCGUGGUCUCGGGCUUCAUGCGCUUCAUCUUCCGCAUGGACACUGCGUUUUGGGAAAUCCACCCGAAGCAGAUGCUCGUCAUGCCCAAGGUCGAAGAGGCCGUUCGGUUGUGGAUCGACUUUAUGCAGAUCUGGCUGGCAGAGCUUCGCAACCAGAACAACCAGACCGAGCAGGGCAAAGGCUUCGAGAUGGAACGCACCAGUACGUGGGCUCUCAUGGACGAGGUCGAGGCGUAUGCACUCUUCUUGCUGUGCUCAGCUUCGCGCCCGUUGCGAUCCUUGGCCAUCGAGAUCCUGCGCUUGAUCGCAGUCCUGGACGACGCGUUCAGUCGACGAGCCGCGGGCGAACAGGCACGCGCGCAGAACGAAGACGAAGAGCCUACUCGCAUCGUGCACCUCCUCGACAUGCCUUGCCAGACCUUCCUCGAUGCGAACGACCCGCAUCUGAGCUGGCAUCAGAUCAAUCAUCUCGCACGCUGGAAGUCGCCAGACCGCUCCACCUCGCUCAAAGUCAUCGCCGAGAGCGAGCGCGAAGUUGAGCAGUCGCUCUGGUUCCGCGCCCUUCCUCUCUUCCUCCGCAUGAGUCUGGAGCGCUUUCCGACGACCGUCGCAGUGUUCCGAUCCUACAUCACCAAUCGCGUGCUGGAAAUGGACCACGUCGCCGUGUACGCGGCCGACAUCUCGAAUCGCGCCCCGGCCCAUACACUCAACAGCUCGACGCUGAGCAAGUCCCAAGCAGCCUCGGCUGGGACUGCCUCGUUGCACAGCUCCACCUCGCACGCAUCUUUGCGCGAUGUCGCCGCUGCUAGUCCGGCAGGACCGGCCGAGUACCAGCUCAUGGCACAACACUGGCGCUUCUAUGUGCUGGCUCUCUGCACGACUACCACCUCCACCGAAGGCUCGCGCGGAGGCGUCGUGGGCAACCAUCGCAGAAAGACGAGCGAGCCAGAGAAUGGCGAGCGCAUGAUCUCGGCACGCGACCUGUUCCAGAAGCUCGUGCCCUUCCUCGCCUCUGACAACGAAGCUUUCCAGGAUGCGGUCGUCUUUGCUCUCGGCAACAUCAACGAGAAUCACUACUUGGCUCUGCUCGAGACCAUGCAGGCUCUCAACGGAACUCUCACCGACGACUUUCGCGUCCGAUCGGUCGCGCGUUCGGGGCUCAAACGAAACCGCAGACUGGACCGACUGCGCACUGCACUUGCGCACGUGCUGCAGCUCACGGCUCCGCACAUGGAGUCGCUCGGGCACUUGGACAAUGUCAAGGUUGUUGGCAUCGUCCACAACUGGGUCAAGGAGACGUUCAACUUCCUCACCGACCGCGAGAUCCGCCAGGAUUGGGAGUUUCAUAGCCUCCGCCGCUUUUUCUGCGCCGUCACCCAGCACUUCUUUGAUGGGCUUGCCAAGAGGGGUCAAGCAGACGUUCAAUUUCCGUUCGAGACUCGGCUGCGCAUGUUCCGCAUCUUCCGCGACUGGCAUUCGUACAGCACCGUCAGCGAGGAUGGUCGCAACAAGCUCGCGAACCUGCUCAGCGCAGCUGCCGAUCAGCAGCGAGAUGACAGAGCCAAAGAGCGUGCGGUCAAGACACUCAACUACGAGACCCAAGCGCUUUCGUACCAGGCAGGCUGUGCCAUGGCUUCGCUUUGUCAGGGCGCCAUCUCGAUGGUGGGCGGACCGGCACCAGCACCGAUGGCCGGCUCGUCCCUUGAAGCUAGCUCGCUGCUGCACUGGAUAACCAGCCUCUUUCAAACCAGCGACGAGAAGAACCACGACCUGGCUCGAAAGGCGCUGCGGUCGCUGUUGGUCUACAAUGACCAGAACGCUGCCCUGGUGGACAAUGCAGUCGAUCGGUGCAUCACGGAAAACGACCGGGCACUCAGCAGGAAGAGCCUCUUUGUCACCACGGCUGAAGUGAUCAUCGACAAGGAAGAUCUGUCGAUGCCACUCCACGCCGUCUUUUGCCUUGGACUGGUGAAGCUCGGCCAUCCUGACUCGAGUAUCCGCCGCAAGGCGCUCUCGGUGCUUCAAAACUGCAGUCGACGCUUCGACGAGAGCUGCACGCUGGAUGAAUACGAGGUGGGUGUGUCGAGCCCGCUGCCGGCCAUCUACUUGCGUGCGCAGCGCGACGUCAACGCGCAUCUCGCCAUGCACUUUGACGGGCUCAGAACGGCCAUGCUCAGCGAGUUCACCAGACGGCUGCCAUUGGUGGAUGCCUCGCGCCGCGCCACUAUCCUGGGCCUACUGCCCGAGUGGCUGCGUGGAUUGGUGUUGCACACUGCCCAACCGCAUCUCGAGAACUAUGCGGCCGCGCCGCUCGAAGUCGUGCUGUACAGGGCGUACCUGAACCUCUCGAACCUCUUCUGUCUCACCGUGCGGUACGGCGACGAGCACAACUUCGAGAUACAGGAGAUGUGGAGCAGCCUUGUGGCUGCAUCCGAGGACCUGCAGAGUGCCGACGCCGUAGUGAGUUUCCUGAUCGACCAGGGGCUUCACUUCCGCAGCGAGCAGGUGGUCAACCACUCGAAGCGCGUGGUCUCUUGCAUUUCACACACUAUGGCCGGGCCGCACAUCUUCGAGCGCCUCUGCGCGAUGGUCGAGCCAGGCCGCAUGAUUCAAGUGCCGCGGAUCGCUCCUGCACCCAUGCCGGACCCGGACCACCACCAUCUCUAUCGCGCCGACCUCGCCAAAUUGCUUCCGGAGCCUGAGCCAAUGCUGGCAUUCUCCUCGGGCCAGCUCGCGCUCUUGUACGUCGGAGAGAUGACGUACGAGCGAAGAGAGCAGCUGGACUCUGCGCUGCCGACGCUGCUGCACGCCAUCUUCCUCCACAUCGACAGCCGGUCCACGUUUGUGCGGGCCCAGGUGGUCGAGUUGCUCGAACAGCUGCUGCGCUGCGCCAUCUCGGUUGGUGUCAAUGCGGUGAACCAGGCCGCACCACCGGGCUCGAGCUUCAGCGGCGUCGAUCCGGACCGCGUGUCCGCCGCCAAAGCGCAGGUCGAACGGCUCUUCACUCGACGCAACUUUGCCAACUGGUCAGCAGAGAUGACAGACGACGCCGAUGAUCGUCAGGAACGCAUGCCCAUCAACCUUCUGACCACGGCGCACGAGACGCUGACGGUCAUUGAGCCCUUCUUUCCUAGCUUCCGCCAGGACUGGGGCACGGUGGCUCUGACGUGGGCCGCGUCGAAUCCGAUCCGGCACAUGGCAUGCAGGUCGUUCCAGGUGUUCCGCGCGCUGCAUCCGGCGGUGACGCCGAGCAUGAUGGUGACCAUCCUGGGCAGACUGGCGGACACGGUGUCGGAUCACAAGCCUGAAGUGCACCGCUUCACGCUCGAGGUGCUCUACGCGCUGAAUCUCGUCGUCAAGGACUGCGAGGCGUCGAACCGCGAAUACAUGGCGCAGACCUGGUGGGCGACGCUGGCGUGCCUGUCGACGAUCAACGAAGCCGAGUUCGCCGAGUCGGCUGCCAUCCUGGAGAGGCUGGUGGAGAGGCUCGACAUUGGCUCGCCGGAUGUGAUCGCGUUGCUGGUGCAGAAAUGCCCCGAGGGGUGGGAGGGCGAUGUCGGUGUGCUCCGCAUCCUGGUCUCGCGUGGACUGCGCUCGUCCGAGACAUCGGCACCGACGUUCCGACUGAUGGCUCGGCUGGCAAAGUGCCGCGAUCCGGCACUGAUCGACGUCGAAGACCGAUGCCGAUUGGGCUAUCUGUUUGUGGCUGCGCUGCCGUGGUUCCUGCAAGUGACAGAGGAGAGCUUGAAGGCGGCAGGCGGGACCGUCACGAGCAAGAACGACCCUCGCACGAAUGGUGCCAAGAAGGCUGGCCCCGAUGCUGCCGGAGGUGCCUCGCAAGGCAUCGCAGACCCGUCAGGGCCGGCACUUUCUGCCGACACCACACAGAUGGCUCUGGAGAUGGCUGCUGAUCUGGCAGACAUUGCGGCACGGCUCGAGAUGCGCGACCUGGAGCGGGUCGCCACGUCGAUCGCGCGAUCGCGCUUCCGCACCAAGGACGACCUGGUGCGCCAGGCUGUCAACUGCAUCCGGUCGCAUUACUUGCCGGAGCACGGACCCGAGUUGGCGGUGCUGCUGCUGGGCGUGGUGCUAAACCGGCACGAGUGGAUGCGCAAGCAGGCGAUGCAGGUGCUCAAGAUGUUCUUCCAGGCGCUCGACACGCGCAACCAUGCGGCGUUCAGCAACCUCGGCUCGGAGCUGCUCAUGCCGCUGUUGCGUCAGCUGUCGACUCCGCUGUCUGCGCAGGCGCUCGAGGUGCUGGACGAGCCGAUCGUGGUGCAUGGUGGUCCGGCUGCCAACCAGAUCCUGCGCAUGAGUCUGCAGUGGGGCAAUAUGGCGCUUGGGCCGGGGCGUGAACUUGUGCACGAUGCGUCGAUAUUUGGCCCGCCGCUCGAGACGGGCUGGGCGGUGGCGGAUCCGCAGGACAUGGCGACACGCACGCGCAUCAACCUGUCGGCGCUCGUCAAGAUGUGCGAGCGCACGCUCGACAUUAUGCCGACGGGCAACAACGUCAACUUUGUGGUCGACGAUGCCUACGACAGCACGGCCGAGGGCGAUGGUGGUGGGUAUGCGCUGGAUGAGGCGCCUGGGGUGGGGGGGUCGAACGAAGACGUGCCCGCGUCGAGCCUGGGCGAUAUUGUGAACCAGCUGCACGACCUCUCGUCAUUCUUUGGCGACGAUCCCAUGUCCAAGAGCCGCCAGGCGUCGGUGAUGUGGCGCGACUCGCGGCUGGAUCGGUCCGGCUCGAUGCGGCUAGCGUCUGGACUGGGCCGCACAUCGUCGACACGAUCGAAUGGGAUGGCGGCGGGGGCGACGCUGCGGGGACCGCACUACAGCCGGCAGGUGUCGCCGAAUCCGACUGUGGUGCCGGACCAUUCGUACAGCAGCGAGCCAGGGCAUUCGGCAUCGACGGUCGUGGCGCGAUCGCGCAUGGGCGCACAGGACGGGGUUGACGACGGUGCAGGGCGAGGGGUGAGCCUGGCCGACGUGUCGGGUGCGUCGAUGGGCAGGUCGGCGAGUACAAUGUCGGGACGCAGCGAGGAGAAUGGCUCGAGCCGAUCGCGCGCACAGAUCGCCAAGAUCCUCGCGCGGUCCACGACGAGAGACAGCCCGCCGUCGACGUUGCGGAUCGGACAGUCGGUCGCAGCAGACGCGGCAAAGGAUGCUGAAGCUGGAAGGACGCGGUCGGACAGUCUAGAUCAGCUGUCGGAGAGCAGCUCGCAGCCGCACGUGCGUGGUGCGGCGGGCAUGGCGAGACGGGGCAAAGUGGUGCAUCAGCAAAAGAUGUCGUCGUCCUCAGCCGCCUCGUCGGUGCUGGCAUCGCCGUACUCUGCACAGACGUCGCGCCGCAACGCCACCGCACAGUGGAUGUCUGCGAGUGCAAGAGCAAAUGGCUCUGGCUGA